AUGAACAAACUCGCCCAUGGGGGCCCCUACCCUGGACGAGAGGCCGACGAGGCGGCUAUAUUCGCCCUCUGUAAAAUACAGACGGCAGCCGCUCUACCGCACACGAGGCAGCAGGUGUUGGGUGUGCCACCGAGAGCCCCGCCGGUUACAUCGCAUUUGCUUGCGGUCCCGGCGGUGGCGGCCUCGGCGGGAGUUGCGCCGCUGGUCUCGACCACUCAAGAGGUCGAUGUGCCCCCGGUUGCCCCCCUGGCCCCCGAAACACAAGAAGAGCCCGUGGCUGCGCUAGCCGUGGCCACCGAGAUGGAGGACGUCGAUCUGCCCGACGCAAAUCUGGCUGAGGCAAUUGCCGAGUCAGAGCGUCGUGACACUGACCCUGACGCUGCCCGCGCGCCCAGAAAGCGCCGGGCUAUGACCAAUGACGAUUCUGACACUCCCUCACAGACAUCUGACGCAGCGAGGCCGCGGAAGAAGGCCCCUAGGGCCUCCCGCACCUCCACCACAGAGUCUGGGACGACUAUCGCGGGCUCCUCCCGGAGUACCGCCAAGCAGAAACCGACGAAGACAACGCGGCGGUCCACUCGUCCACCUGCCGCCUCCCGGCAGCCUGACGAGGACGGUUUUGUUGCCCCACCCCGGCGGCACACUGCCAGGGCUGCUGCGCUGCAGCAACCGACCCCGCUGCCGACCGCCAACGCGUUUGCGAGCGCCAGCGUAGAUGCAUUGGACGAUGGCGCCGCGCCCCCGGCGCCUGCCCAAAAGAAGCCCUUUGCUGCCGCCACCAAGGGCGGCCCGUCAGCCUCCACCGCCCGACCUUCGGCGCAGGCGGAGGGCGAGAAGCAGCAACCGACCGCGCCGUCCACGGCUUCGCCCGUGGGGGUGGCAACCCCCGCGCCCUCGCAGAGCGCGCGAGUUGCCGCCCCGCGCAGGCGUCGUCGGCGCGCGGGCCGGGCCACACCUGCCGUUGCGCAACGGACUGCCGACAACACUCUGCCGCAGCAGAGGACGGCACCUCGUGCUGUGCCGCAACCGAGAUCGCCUGCUGAUGCUCCACAGCAGCCGUCUACUUCGGAGCGGCCGCAACAGGCCACCCCAGUGGUGGAGGCCGCCCCAGAGGCCCCCACCGCCCCCUUGGCCGCCGACGCAGCCGAGCUCCGAUCGCUCUUGCGGUCGUUGAGUCAGCUGCUCGAGCAACUCCCGAUUGUUUCAUCUCUGUUUAGAGUUUUGUUCUAG